AUGCCGUCUGAACCAGAGGCGGCCCCAAAGCAGUCCCAUCGCCAGUCGAUGAGUAAUCGCGGAAAACCGGUUAGAAUUCAUCGAGAAGUGAGAUUUGGUGCCUAUGUGCUAGGCUCGACCCUUGGAGAGGGCGAAUUUGGCAAAGUCAAACUCGGUUGGCGCAAAGAUGGUAAACAGCCGUCUCAGGCAGCCAUCAAACUGAUCCGGCGUGAUUCGAUCCCACGCGGCUCUGAAAGGGAAAACAAAGUGCAUCGUGAAAUCAGUGCAUUGAAGCGCUUGGCUCACCCAAAUAUCGUGAGGUUGGAAGAGGUUCUUCAGAACGAGAAGUACAUCGGCAUUGUGCUGGAAUACGCUUCAGGAGGAGAGCUCUUCGACUAUAUUUUGGAACACAAAUACCUCAAAGACUCCAUGGCGUGUCGACUUUUUGCCCAGCUUGUUUCUGGAGUUGACUACAUGCAUUCCAAGGGCUUGGUCCAUCGUGACCUCAAACUGGAAAACCUGCUUUUGGACAAACAUCGCAACGUGAUCAUUUCGGAUUUUGGGUUUGUCAACUCGCUACGCGGAAACGAAUUCAUGAAGACGUCAUGCGGAUCACCAUGCUAUGCUGCUCCCGAACUUGUUGUGAGUAGUGAGCCCUACGAGGCCCGCAAAGUGGAUGUCUGGUCAUGUGGAAUUAUCCUGUACGCGAUGUUGGCCGGAUAUCUUCCCUUUGAUGAUGACCCACAAAACCCCAAUGGUGAUAACAUUGCCAGACUAUACCAGUAUAUCACCCACAGUCCACUGACUUUCCCAGAGUAUAUCCAGCCGACUCCCAGAGACCUCCUUCGCAAGAUCAUUGUUCCGGAUCCACGCUCUAGGGUGGAUCUGAAGGCCGUGAGGUCUCACUCGUGGCUGACACCACAUGCCCCAUACCUGUCGGUGACUCCCAGCGAAUGGGAUCGCAACUAUCGAUCAUCUAAGAACAGUGCUUCUGCACCGAUCGCACACGCAGAGGCGCCGAACAGAAGGUACUCACUCAUGGAGAACCCAUCGGCAUCAGCAGCCUCUUUUGUCAUGAACAAGGCCAAUGCCAGGUCUUACAGCACCCAAAACGUUGCCCAAUUGUACUCAAACCCAGCCGCACCACAGACGUCUUCAUCUCACGCAAUUGCACUGCCAACAUCGUCUUCCACGACCUCCGUCAAAGACAUGCUUGUGCCAUCACCAGUGCUUAAUUCCGGUCAAAGCUUCUCUUCAGUGGAAAAGCCUGAACAUCGCAGAACAGGGUCCGCUUCAGUGGUACUCAAGGCUGUUGUUGAUGCUGAUGCGGUUGAGGUUUCAAGACGCAACAGUGUUGCCAGUAGCAUUGGAAAGCCACGGUCUAGAUCUGGCAGUAAUGCCAUUGAGACCAUCCAGGAAAGCCCAAAGCCUUUGAGCCAGAUGCUUCCACCAGCAGUACCAAAGACUUCGGUUGGAGACUCAGGAUCACCAAUCCAGCAGAAGUUCCCUACACGCAACAAGCCUCGUCCUACGUCUUACCAUCCUUCAUCUUCGUCUUCGUCUGAUUUCCAUUUUUCUGCUCCAAUGCCGCUGUCGCCUCUGGCAAUGUCUUCGGAGACAUCAUUGGUCGGUUCGCCUAUCAUCGAGGCACCAAGUCCAUCUCGUUCCGAGAAACGGAAUUCUUGGACUGUCCCUAAGAUCCCAGAGCCACACGUCGAUCUUUCGAGUGCAAGUGGUGUAUUGACACCACUCUUAGCUUCACCAGAACAGAAGCCUGUUUCGGGUACGGCUUCGGCAGAUGUCAAGGGAGAACGCCGCAAAUCCGCGAUUGACUCGCUGUCGAAUGCGAUUGACCAGUUUUCAUUGGUGCCUAGCACAGCUAGUGCUACUGCCACAACAACAGGCGUUAUUGUAAAGGAAGAUGUUCAGGAGAUUCCAGAUUCGAGCGAGCAGAAUGAGACUCUUGCGGCACUGCCAGGCGAAGUCGUUAGACCGCUCAGCGACUUUUUGCCUGCUCCUCUUGAGAGAACCAAGACUAAGUCUUCCGACAAGGAAAACAAACAGAGACCCAAACGGUUCAGCAUUCUUGGUUUCUACGGUGGAUCCCCUCAACAGCCCAAGAAGGCUCUGGAGCCUACAAAUGUACACCAAGCUAAUACCAAUGCUAACCACUCGAGGUCGAGGGCUUCACGCAGAAUGAGUGUCCUGGGCAAUGCAAAUAGCGGAAAUGGUAAUGGAAACGGUGCUAAUGGCCAGGAUUCGGCUGCCAGAAGGGUCAUUGAGUUUUUCAAGAGGAGAAGUGUACGGAUAUGA